AUGAGACUGCUGGCUUUGUUGCUGCUGAUCGGAGCUGCUGCGGCAGUUCCCCGUGGAGAUGGGAGGGUCAUUGGCGGGUAUGAGUGUAAUCCUCACUCACGUCCAUACAUGGCCUCCCUCAACUACGGUUACCACUUCUGUGGUGGGGUGCUCAUCAACGAGCAGUGGGUGCUCUCCGUAGCCCACUGCUGUCCCUAUUACAUGCAGAUCAUUCUGGGAGACCACGACAUGCGAGUGUUUGAGGGAACUGAGCAGCUCAUGAAGACUGAAAACAUCAUUUGGCAUCCUGCUUACGACUACCAGACUCUGGAUUAUGACAUCAUGAUGAUUAAGCUCUACCACCCAGUGGAGGUGACCGCGGCAGUCGCACCCAUCCCGUUGCCUACAAGCUGUCCUUAUGGGGGGCUCUCCUGCUCUGUGUCUGGCUGGGGUAACACUGCCUUGGGUGGCGAGGUGUACAUGCCCACUCUUCUGCAGUGUUUGGAUGUGCCCAUAGUGGACAACCAGGUCUGUGAGAACAUCUACCCUGGCAUGAUCUCCCCCAGGAUGGUGUGUGCCGGAUACAUGGAUGGAGGCAGAGAUAUUUGCAAUGGAGACUCCGGCAGCCCUCUGGUGUGUGAUGGAGAGGUCCAUGGCCUGGUGUCAUGGGGUCAGGGAUGUGCCCUGCCGAACUACCCUGGAGUCUACGUCAAAGUGUGUGAGUUCCACUCCUGGUUUGAAGAGACCCUGGCAGCCAACCCCUGAAGAAACGACCCCUGUUUCACUUCUACCACUGGUCCCCUUCAAUCUCCUCUGGAGUUUGUACUCCCUCAUACAUCAACACACAUGUGC